AUGGAAACACAUAAUGUCACGAUAGUGAUGGAAUUCAUCCUGAUGGGCAUCACUGACCGUCCUGAGCUGCAAGCCCCAUUGUUUGGGCUGUUCCUCUUCAUCUAUCUGAUCUCAGCAGUAGCCAAUUUGGGCAUGAUCGUCCUCACCACUGUGGACCCCAGGCUGCAAACACCCAUGUACUUCUUCCUCAGACACCUGGCUAUUACAGAUCUGGGUUAUUCUACAGCUGUGGGACCAAAAAUGCUGGUAAAUUUUGUUGUGCCUUUAAACACAAUCUCCUUUACCCUCUGUGCUACACAGCUAGCUUUCUUCCUUGUGUUUAUAAUUAGUGAGCUUUUUAUUCUAUCUGCGAUGUCCUAUGACCGCUAUGUGGCCAUCUGUAAGCCACUGCUCUACACUGUCAUCAUGUCACAGAGGGUAUGUCAGGUGCUGGUGGCAAUCCCCUAUCUCUACUGUACUUUUGUGUCUCUUCUGGUCACCAUAAAAAUUUUCACUUUGUCCUUCUGUGGCUACAAUGUCAUCAGUCACUUCUACUGUGACAGUCUCCCCUUGCUAUCUUUGGUCUGCUCAAGCACUUACGAAAUUGAAAUGAUCAUUCUGAUCCUGGCUGCCUUUAAUUUGAUGUCCUCUCUCCUGGUCGUACUUGUGUCCUACCUGCUCAUCCUCAUAGCCAUUCUUAGGAUGAACUCUGCUGAGGGCAGGCGCAAGGCUUUUUCCACCUGUGGGUCCCACCUCACGGUGGUGACAGUCUUCUAUGGGACUUUGAUAUUUAUGUACGUGCAGCCCCAGUCCAGUCACUCCUUUGACACUGAUAAAGUGGCCUCCAUCUUUUAUACCCUGAUUAUCCCCAUGCUGAAUCCUUUGAUCUAUAGUUUGAGAAACAAAGAUGUAAAAUAUGCUCUGCAAAGGACAUGGGAAAAGAUAAGCAAAAUAUUGUCUUAA